UUCCAGACAUAUAGAAUUAUAGAUUCAUUCCAAAAGAAACAAUGGGAGCUUAAUUAGAUGGGUAUCCUUCUACCGAAUUCACCAUUGAAAGUGAAGAAAGAGGAGACGAUAUGGUUAAUAGGAGAUGAAGGAAAGGCAACGGUGGCAGCCUGAAGAAGACGCACUCCUCCGUGCCUAUGUCAAGCAAUAUGGCCCCAAAGAAUGGAACCUUGUCUCUCAACGCAUGGCCAAACCCCUUGACCGUGACGCCAAAUCCUGCCUUGAGCGCUGGAAAAACUACCUCAAACCUGGAAUCAAAAAGGGAUCUUUAACCCCUGAAGAGCAAUCCCUUGUUAUCUCUCUCCAGGCCAAGUACGGCAACAAGUGGAAGAAGAUCGCUGCUGAAGUCCCUGGCCGCACUGCCAAGCGACUUGGUAAGUGGUGGGAAGUUUUCAAAGAGAAACAGAUCAAACAGAAUAACAAAACCCAUCAACAACGCCUCUUUACUCUCGAUUCCUCUGCAAAUUCUUCAAUCCCAAGCCCUUCUUCAGCUCCAUUAACAGUCUCCCCAACAACAACCCUUCUCGCUGCUUCACCUGAACAGGGCAAAUACGAUCACAUCUUAGAGACAUUCGCAGAGAAGUACGUUCAGCCAAAGUUGCAGCUUCUUCCUUCUCUACUAAUGCCUAACCUCUCCCUCUCCGACGCACCUCCUAUGCUCUCACUCUGCGGCGGCGCCACCACCACUUCGUCGCCGUCGAUGCUUCUCCCCUGGAUGACUGUUAACUCGUCCAGUACUUCAUCCCUGUCUUCUUCCUCUUCCACAACGGCUUCUCCGUCCGUGAGUCUCUCACUUUCUCAAACUGACCUAACCAAGGUUGACUUAAUUCCACCGGAAAUCGGGCUGAAUGAGAAGCGACACCUCCCGGUUCAUCAGCUGGCUACGUUGGUUCAUUAUUGUAAGGAGCUCGAGGAAGGGAGGCAGAGUUGGUUGCAGCAUAAGAAAGAGGCCAUGUGGAGGUUGAAUCGGUUAGAGCAGCAGUUGGAGUCGGAGAAGAACAGGAAGAAGAGGGAAACAAUGGAGGAGGUAGAGGCUAAGAUCAGGUGCUUGAGAGAAGAAGAGAUGGGUUUUCUUGAUAGAAUUGAUAGGGAUUGCAGAGAACAACUUAAUGCUAUUUACAGGGAUGCAGAGGCUAAGGAAGCUAAAAUGGUGGAGAUUUGGUCACGUAAGCAUGUUAAGCUUGCUAAGCUCGUAGAACAGCAAUUGGGUUCUAUUUAUUCUUCAUCAUCCCUUCACCACCACCACCACCACCACCACCACCAUAGCUAAGGAGUAAACCAUUACUGCA